AUGAGACCGCACCCUAAAUGGGUACAGAAGGGCAUCAUACUUAUUUUUUCUGGCCCACCAGGGUCUGGUAAAGGAACCUAUGGGAAGAUUUUAGCAAGACGAUGGGGCAUGUGUCAUGUUUCGUUGGGCGACUUGAUCCGCCAAAAACUCUCGAACUGCACUCUCAACGGCGACUCAAAGGCUCGUGUUAGUUGCGGUUUGCUAAUUCAAGAUACAUUGGCUUCUGAGAUAUGUAAGGAUCACAUCUCCAGCCACCCAGAAAGGCAGUCCUGGAUCCUGGACGGUUUUCCCAGGACUCUCCAGCAAGUCGAACUGCUGCGCGGCUUCGCAACUCCUCAUGCCUGCAUCAAUUUUAUUGUGCCAAGGCAUAUUCUUUUGAAGAAGCUCCUGGGAAGAAGAAUAUGCAGUAGUUGUGGGGGAUGUUUCAACGUUGCCAACAUAUGUGACGAACCGUACGACAUGCCCCCCAUACUGCCGACGAAGGAAUGCAGCCACUGCAAGGGAAACGCUCCAUUAACUACGCGCAGUGACGACACAGAAGAGGCAAUACGGAACAGGCUCGAUUUUUACGAGCAGAUCACGCGACCAAUGCUAGGUCAAUUUGAGGCGGAAGGCAUACUUCUGAACUUCGAAGUUAUAAAAGGCACUAAAGAUAUUGCAAGGCUCGAAGAUGCACUUAUCUCGUUCCUCAACAAGAAGCAUGAUGUUAAAGCUAACCGCUUUGGGCUCCACCCCGGUGACAGCAAUGAGACAAGUUGA